UUCAUCAGUUUUUUCUGUGCAUGUUUAAUUAAAUAUGCUCAUAUUAGUUUACACUUGUUUUUUUGCCAGAUAUAAUUACAUCUUGCUAGUUCCAUAUAUGGCGUAUAUUCCACCACAUAAGCGGCAUUCACUCGACAAGGAUAGACCACCAUCGCCUGUUGGAGAGUCGUUUGCACCUCUUUUUAAGAAAAACCUGAGUUUAAAUAAUAAAAGAAACAGGAUUAGAACAAUAGUGUAUGCCAAUAACGCUAUAUCUAGAUGGUUUGCUGUUGGUUUGAGUGAUAAUGACCAGUUUCCGUCUCGCAUUCGUCUCGAGCCAGUUCCCUCAGAAUCUUUUGAGCACCAGCACAAGCCUUUAAUCUUGGUGAACAGUUAUGGAAAUGAAGAGAAUAAUGAGCUGAGCAAGAAAUAUGUUGGAAGUCCAUGGGAAACUAUAGCUGCAAAUGUAGAACGUGACCUAUUUUAUUCUCUGGAAAUUUUGAGGAAGGAAAUGAGCUAUCAUGGUUUGAAAAAAAUAAAGCCAAAAUUGGUAGCUAGAUUUGGUAAAGUUCAUUUUUAUGGAAUCCCAUCAGUAAGGCUAGAGAGCUUGCAGGAAAAUCAGGCCAAUGAAACUCUUUUGAGACAAUUGAAAAGAUCAUUUUACACAAACAUUCCUUCUUCAUACAUGAAAAAUAUCGUAGAUGAAGUCGUGCAGAAAAUUGGAAUUGAUUUUGAGGAGGAAAAAGACAUCUACCAUGUCAAGUUGUCUGAUAACACACGAACAGAUUCAACUAUUUCAUGCAAAUGUAGCGUAAAGGCUGAUAAAAGACUUAUGUUCUAUAAGGUGGAACUGAACCAAGUACGCCAAAUGGUCGCAGAUAUAUCAUGCAUUGAUAAGAAUCUUGAUCUGAGGCUAAUGCUGUGCUCCAAGAGGAUCUUGACAGCUGAUCUUACUGAUGUUGAGAUAAAUAGCAUAAAAGAAUUGGUUAGUUCUGCGGUUUUGGAUUCAGAUGUGAAAGGUGGGUUGAGAUGGCCUGUGGGGAAGACAUCUUCUGGAGACAGAUUUAGUGUGGUUGGAGUUUGGCACACUGUAACUACAGCCUAUAGUAGUCCAUCACUCAGGCUCAAAGUAAGACAUGCUGACCGAUAAAGGAAGUCCAUAUGAAGUUGAAAGGAAUAGUUUCAGAAUUUCUGGAACAAGGAGCACAAAAUGAUUCUGUCUCGGAUAUGCUCAAAGACAGCUUGAAGUUGAUAUGGGACAACUUCUUAUGUUGCGAACCCUUUCUAACAUGAGCGGAGUUCUGUUAAUUCUACACCACUUCCCUCUCUUUUGUUGUAUGUAGCUUAAGAAUGAAACUAGUGUGUGCAUGUAAUGGGAAGGAAUUUUGAAGAAGACAAUGUUGUAAGAAUUAGUUUUCAGCUAUGUUUUUGGUUGAAGUGUGGUUAUUUUGUCCUUCAAUUCUGUUUUACCUCAUUCUGUUUCUAGCGGCUUUAAGAAAAUGCCAAUGCUGUGGCUUUUGGGAA